AUGUAAUUUGAAAAUGAAUAAUUAAAUGAUGAAUCUAAAUAGUAAAAUAGUCUAAAUUAACUCCUUUAAAAUAAAUCUAAUAUGUUAUAAUUGAGUAGUGUUUACCCAUGCAAUCAAGAUUUUAUUCAAAGCUAAAACUAUAGCUAAAAUAACAAAAGCUCUUUUUUCAGAACCAAUUAAUUUGAAAAUGAAAUAAUUAAUUUAUAAACUCAUGAUAAAUAAAACAUCUCAACAUUUACUGAUAAUAAUUUGAAUGGAACUUUUUUAAAAUAAUUAAAUAACAUAGAAAAUUCUUAAAUUUAUUACACAAAUCAAACAAACUAAAAAUAAUAAAGUUUUCAGUUAUUAUUCCAUCAAUCUAAUUUUUAUAAAAAAUUGGAAUAAAAAAAUAAUAAUAAUGAAAAAAAUUCUCUUGUAAUUUCAAGGUAAUCCAUAUUAUUAAACCAGCCAUUUAAAAGCUCUAAAAUUGAAAGCAAAAGAAAAAGUAAAUCAAUAAAUCAACUAAAAUAAAAUAAAACCUCUGGAAAAAAUAUGUUAAAUUUCGAUGAAAAAAGUACCUAUAGUAUGUAUUUAGAACAAAAAGCAAUUAUGAGUUUAGCUAAACAAAAUUUUUAUACAGCAGCUGACUAUUUCACUAAGAUAUUAGAAGAAAGUAAAUUCAUCUUUCCAUUUAUCCUUAACUAAUCUAUAUAAAAGCUUAUCUAAAUUUUUAGUACCUACAAAAUAAAUUGUUAAAUAUUGGAUUAAAUAAUAAGAUUUUUUUGA